AAGUAUAGUAGAUGGGGGGCUUUGGUAGGCAUAGCCAAUAUUAUUAAUGUAUGCUGACUUGCAACAUGGCAAAGCCAUACUUUGGGGUCUGGAUCACUACACAUGAACGGUACCUUUGGGAAAUGGUUUAAAUAAAGCACAGUGAUAGUCCUACAACAUACUUUUAAAUUGUGAGCUAAAAGUCUUUGACUGUUUAAUUUUCUUUAAAUAAAGCGCAGUAACUCUAGCAACAGAUCUUAUCUUUCAAAGAAAAUGAAAGACUUGAGAACUAUAAUAAGGCUAGAUAUGUGGAAGUCAGCUUUAGACAAACUGAACCUCAUCUGCUACUGCCACUACCAACUCUGAUGGAUCCUCUUCUCCUAUACCUCAUAACUUUGGCCUCUGGCCUCCUUGCUCUGCUAGUUUUUGUGUACAGAAAGAAACAAUCUACUUGUACAAGGAAGAGCUGUGGUGUGCCUCAAGCUGGUGGAGCUUUGCCUAUUAUUGGUCACUUGCAUCUCCUGGUUGGUGGUCAACUGACACAUAAAUUGUUCGGAGCCCUGGCAGAUAAGUGCGGACCAGCCUUCACUCUAAGGCUUGGUUCACAUGAAAGUCUGGUUAUCAGCAGUUGGGAAAUGGCCAGAGAGUGUUUUACUGUCCAUGACAAGGUUUUCUCCACCCGGCCAAGCAUAUCUGCAUCGAAGCUAUUAGGUUAUGACUUUGCUAUGUUUGGCUUUGCUCCUUAUGGUCCUUACUGGCGCGAGAUGCGCAAGAUAGCCACGCUGGAGCUUCUAUCUAAUCGACGGAUUGAUAUGAUCAAACACACGAGAGCUUCAGAAGUUGAGACUUCAAUAAGAGAACUGUAUGAGUUGUGGGCUGAUAAGGGAGGUGCCAAAGGUGGAGUUUUGGUUGAUAUGAAGCAAUGGUUCGGCGACUUGUCAAACAACACAAUAGUGCAAAUGGUGGGAGGGAAGCGAUACUUUGGAAACAGUGAUGAGUGCGACAAAGGGGAGAGACGAAGGUACAAGAAGGUUAUGAGGAAUUUUGGUUAUCUGUUUGGGGUUUUUGUGUUAUCAGAUGAAAUUCCAUUUCUUGGGUGGUUGGAUUGGGGAGGAUACAAGAAAGCUAUGAAGAGUACUGCGAAAGAACUCGAGGCUCUGAUUGGGGGGUGGCUGGAGGAACACAAACAGAAGAGGCUGCUGGGAGAAAAGGGCAAAGGAGAGCAGGAUUUCAUGGAUGUGAUGCUGAACAUUCUUGAAGAUGCCAAAAUUUCUGGUUUUGAUACUGAUACCAUCAAUAAGGCUACAUGCCUGAAUUUAAUCUUAGCAGGAAGCGACACCACAAUGGUUACUCUCACUUGGGCUCUAGCUCUACUACUAAACAAUCGACACGUGUUGGAAAAGGCCCAAUAUGAGUUGGACACCCACGUAGGCAAGGACAGACACGUGGACGAAUCGGACAUCAAGGACCUUGUCUUCCUCCAAGCCAUUGUUAAGGAAACCCUGCGCCUGUACCCAACUGUCCCAAUCAUUGGUCUUCGUGCUGCAAUGGAAGCGUGCACCUUAUCAUCCGGCUACCAAGUCCCCGCCGGAACACGCCUAAUGGUGAAUGCAUGGAAGAUCCACCGGGAUGAGCGCGUGUGGUCUGAGCCACACGAGUUCAGGCCGGAGAGGUUCCUGACAAAGCACAAGGACGUGGACGUGAGGGGUCAGAACUUUGAGCUCAUUCCUUUUGGCUCGGGGAGGCGCUCGUGCCCGGGAAUAUCGCUUGCACUCCAGACAGUGCAUCUCACACUGGCUAGCUUGCUGCAUUGUCAUGAUAUAGCCAAGCCAUCCCACAAAGACGUGGAUAUGACUGAGAGCUUAGGCCUCACAAACCUUAAGGCAACCCCGCUUGAAGUUUUACUCACUCCACGUCUUCAUUCCAAGCUCUAUGGACAUUCAAGUUGAAUAAUUUACAUAGACAAAACCGCCAAUCUUGUAUUAAAAUAAUUAUAAAGGUCUUUUUAGAUUGACAUGUCCACUGGAUUUUUUGAUAUUUUCAGUUGGACGUGCAAGUAAAUGUGUCAAUUUUAUUCAGCAUGUUUUGUUUA